AUGGCCUUAGCCGAUUCUUCACUCCUUUUAAGGUGGCUCGAUAGCCCUGAUGAGGAACCAUUUCCCAUGCCUGAAGAGCGUCGGGUCGGGAACCUGCUUCGUCACUGUUGUGAGAGCGGGGAGGUUCCUGAGGAGCUUUUAGAAGUGCUGCCAAACGUCUCGUCUCUCCUGGUUGAAGAACAGUGGACCCAGGUACUUGCUGACUUUGGGUUCGAAAAGCUCAGUAGCCUGACCUCCUAUCAGCAAACUUCAGGAUACCAUGCCUCUCUCCGGAACUUCGAUCAGCUUGUGCGGCUCAACAAGCUAAUCAUCCGAGUUAACCCUGCAGACUUUGAGUCUCUUGCUGAGAGCCUCAGAAACUUCUCCCAGCUCAAGUUCCUCUCUCUGAGGUAUAACAACAUCCUGCGAAGAGAGGCAGAAAUGCUCGCAGCAGCACUGCCGAGUCUUUCAGCAUUGGAGACGCUGGACCUCUCAGCAUGCAGCAUAGGUUGGGUCGCAUACCACGAGUUCCUGUGUAGAGCGAAGGAUGAGCCCAAGGCAGACCCAAAAACAUGGAAGAUUCUGCUGGUGGCACUUGCGAAAGUUGGCUCAUUGCGAAUGCUGAACCUCAGCAAGAACAAUCUGCGGGGUGAAGCUGGGAAGGUGCUAGCCAGUCAUCUGCCAUCAUUGCGCCAGCUUUCGGUUCUUGUGAUAGGGGACGGGCAAUGCGACUGCCUCUUUGACAAUAGAAUUACCAGCAAGCAUGUCUACAGCGCUCUGCUGCAGAUGACCAGUCUCGACACCCUGGGGACUCCAUCAAGAGAUGAGAUCGACGUGGGAUUUUCGGACCUCGAUAGUCUGUUUGCAUUACCAAUGAACAGGUUACGUUUCAAGACCAUUGGCACAUUGUGGCUUGAGCAAGCAUUAGAACGGCAUGCAGAGGCCGGGAACUUGGAAACCUUGGAGUCAUGGUGUCAGGCAGACGAGAAACGUGUUUGGCGCUUGAGAGCAGAGCAGGGUACGGUCUUUAGAAGCACGGAGUUUACAGUCCGAGGUGACCACGAUCUCCUCGACAAGCUGUGCACUGCUGCAGCAAAAGGUGGACAACUACCGGUCAUAGAAUGGACAGAAGCAAAAGGGUUACUGCGCUAUUACCACUGCGACCAGUUUAUCUCCCCCGCUGCUGCAAGCAGAGCACACCUCCACAUCCUGCAGUGGCUUAAGAAGAAGGGGUGUUUGGGGGGCCGUUACAACAAAAACACAUGCUCUGCUGCAGCAUACGAUGGCCACCUGGCUGUUCUGCAGUGGGCCCGCGCCAAUGGUGUUGGAUGGGAUAAGCAAACCUGUGCGAGCGCGGCGGCAGGAGGGCAUAUGGAGUGGGCCACAGAGAACGGUUGCCCUUGGGGCGAGGACAUCGGUGAGGUCGCUGCGGAGUGUGGGCGUGUGGACAUCCUUCAGUGGCUGGCUGCAAAUGGGUUGCAGUGGAGCACCGACAUCUGUGCGGCUGCUGCAGCUGGAGGGCAUUUGAAUGUGCUUGAGUGGGCCUGUAAGGAGAUCAAUUGGUGGGUGGACGUCUGGGACGAAGCAACAUGUGACAGGGCACUCGAGGAAGGGCGCAAGGUUGUAUUCCUGUGGGCGCUCGAGCAAGGGUGUCCUUGGAGUGGAAGCACCCUGGACAUGGACAACCUCCCGUGGAUCUUGGAGUAUGCAAAAGACGCCUUCUGGAACCUUUUCUUGGACGAUCAGAAAAGGUUGUCUGACUUUGUUGCUAUGGCAGCUGAAGAUGACGACGUGGACACUUUCCGCCAGUUGCGCGAAGGGUAUGAAAGGAGAAGUGAAGACGAAAGCAGUGAAGAGAUCACACCACACAUGCUCAAGACAGGGCCCAAGUGUGCUCAGGUGCUACUUCAGGAGGGUUAUACGAGUGCUGACCUAGACCCUGCUACAGUCCUUCACUUGGAGCAGGCUCUGUACUGUCAGACAAUUGCGGGAGUGGUUCUCAAGCACCGUGUAGGACUUCCCAGAGAGGUCAUGUUGAAGAUCUUUGAGUUGGCAAAUUUUGUGUGGUUGGAGGAUAGAGUUUGA